UUGACUGGCUGCGCAAGGGCGCCGCACAGCCGGGGCGCGAGCGCCGGCCCACAUGCUGAGCGCAACCAGACUCGAGGCUCGUUUCCGUGCAAGCGUGCAACCGAGCUCCGGCCUGCCUGUUGCUGGCGGAUUAUUGUUGCGCACCUUCACAAUCCGCACCAACCUUCUACUCUCCGUCAUCGUUGCCGGCACCACCGCUCUCGCGCAUUCAUCUCCACUCCCAUCGUCCUUUCCUUGACUCCUUGCCAAUUGCAUUGCUCGUCCAUUGACGCUCCUUGGCAGUCCACCCUUCGGCAAUGGCGCCUACAGAUAGCUCCGUCGUCGAUGAGCUCAAGAGCAUCAUAACCAAGUUGGAGUCGAGGGUGGAGGAGCUAGAGAACAAGCUGUCAGGAAAAAGCGGCUCGCCGAAACCCAUGCGGAUGAUUCUGAUGGGCCCUCCCGGUGCUGGGAAAGGAACGCAAGCACCCAGAAUCAAGGACAAGUACUGCAUAUGCCAUCUGGCCACCGGCGACAUGCUUCGUGAACAGGUCGCAAAGAAGACGCCGCUCGGAAGGGAAGCGAAAAAGAUUAUGGAUGCCGGCGGCUUGGUCAGCGAUGAGAUUAUGGUCAACAUGAUCAAGAAUCAGCUCGAGAGCAACCCAGAAUGCAGCAACGGCUUCAUCCUAGAUGGCUUCCCUCGCACAGUCACCCAAGCCGAAAAGCUAGACGAAAUGCUCAACGCCCGAAAGCAGAAAUUAAUGCACGCUAUAGAGCUGCAGAUCCCCGAUGAGCUCCUCGUUGCCCGCAUAACAGGACGGCUAAUCCACCCCGCGUCCGGUCGCUCAUACCACAAGAUUUUUAACCCUCCCAAGGAAAACAUGAAGGACGAUGUCACUGGUGAGCCGCUGAUCCAGCGCUCCGACGACAACGAGGCCACGCUCAAGAAGCGGUUAGGCACGUAUCACGCGCAGACAGCUCCUGUCGUCAGCUACUACCAGAAGACCGGCAUUUGGAGCCCAAUUGACGCGAGUCAAGAGCCGGGACAGGUAUGGACAAGCAUAUUGAAAGUGUUCAAGGAGGACGCUGGAAAUCAGAGCGGCGUUCUUGGUAAAAUGGGCCUCCGCAACUAGAGGUUAAAUUAGAGAAAGCAGAGGAGUAGACAUGUGGGAUGUAUCACGGGCUUCACGAGCAUCUUCUUAGGGACGAAGGGGAUAUAGAUGCCGUCAACGGUUCGUUCUAGCUAACGGUCUUCACCAACCGUUACGUCGCAAAAAAAAGCAAGUAAAGGGAAAGCCUCGUAAAAGUCAGGAUCAAUGAAAGCUCUGGAACAGGGAUGGACUUCAGUGGCUUUCCCUUUCUGUUCACAUCAUUUGUUUGUUUAUUUUGUCGGUCUCGAUUUUUGGUUUGUGAACUGGGCAUGGUGCAUGCGUCCAUAGGCCCGCAGGAUCUCCAUCUUGUACGAUUAAUGGUGCGUCUUUGUCCGGGGGAUGCAGGCGGUCUGGUCGUUGAGGAACGGGAGAUGUGGGUUUGUGCAGUACUUCGAAUAGAAUAAUGUUCUUUCAACA